GGGGCGGAGAGGGAGGAGGCCGGCCGCCCUGCUCGCCACUUGCAGAGGAGGGGUGAGGAAGGAGAAGGGGAGUAUCCAGUCGUCUCUGCUCUUCCGUGCUGCUGCAGCCCCCCUCCCUCUCGGUGAGGUUCUCUUUCUCUCUCUUUCCCCUUACUCAUCUGUUUCUGUGGCUGCGCUGAGAGGAAGGGCACCUGCCGCUCCCUGAUGAUUCAGCCUUUCAGCCGCUCGCAGCUCCUCGGACCAGACAGCAUGUCCCCGCUGCCACUGCAGUGCCCGGCCGUCCCGUCCUCCGCGCUCCGGCUGCUGCAGCUGCAGCCGGCCUCUUCCUCCUCCUCCUCCUCUUCCUCCUCCUCCUCCUCCUCCUCUUCGGCCCAGCAGUUCAGGCUCGCCGCUGACUUCCCGGACUGUUAACAAGCUCCGACUCCCCCACAACUGCAGUUGUCCCACCUUCCUGUGCGACCCGGCUCUAACUCUGCGGCCUGACGAUGGAAGACAUGCUCAAGGACACCGGCGGCAGGCAGCCUUUGUGUGAUGCUCUAAGUUAAUAGUUAGAUCAGAGAUACUUUCGUCCGCUACUUUGACAGGAUGACUGAGGGAAUGGAGGACUUGUGCGCAGGGCCCACUCCCCCUCCGGGGUCGGCCUCCCCCACCGGCUCUGCGGUUGAUACCGGACAGGUCCCGGAGGAGAAACCGGAGGAGAAACCGGAGGAGGUGGAGGCAGCUGUCCAGAGCGGGGAGGAGGGCGCAGAGGAAGCUGCAGAGGGAGGCGCUGCCGAUGGCGACGGCGACGGCGAUGGGGGGCGUGCGGGGGCUGUGGGGGUCGUGGCCUGUCCAGGGGCCUGCUGUGUGUGCAUCGAGAUGGGACAGAUUAACAACUGCCUGCACUCGGAGAAAAUCUGCAUCCUGCCCAUCCUGGCCUGCCUGCUCAGCCUGGCCCUCUGCACCGCCGGCCUCAAGUGGGUCUUUGUGGACAAGAUCUUCGAGUACGAACCCCCCACACACCUAGACCCCAUACCCAUCGGACAGGACCCCAUCAUUAUAUCAGUCGACCCCACGCUGGGAAUAACUGUGUCCAUCCCUCACCCGUCCCCGUCGAGCGUCUCCUUGACGACCACCAUCGCCAUUACCCCGGGACGGCCCGAGGUCCUCGUGGAGGACAGAUCUACACGAGGGCCGCCGGCGCCGCGGCCGCCACGAGGGACCGAGCCCUCCGUCACGCUGAAAUACAACGCCGAGCGCCCCACCACCGCAAAGCACCCGCAGACGACACAGGAGCUCGACAACAACAUCCCCACAGUGUCCACCAGCAGCAGCUCCACCACGGCGAAGACCUCCAGCCACGUGACGCCCUGCAGCGACAGCCAGAAGAACUUCUGCGUGAACGGAGGAGAGUGCUACAUCCUGAAAAUCACUGAGGGAAACACCAAGUUCCUCUGCAGGUGCUUGGCCGGAUUCACUGGGCACCGAUGUGAACAAGCUGUGCUUAAGAAAGUCUCAGACCCAAAACAAGCUGAGGAGCUGUAUCAGAAACGUAUUUUAACAAUAUCAGGAAUCUGCAUUGCACUCCUAGUCGUUGGAAUCAUGUGUGUGGUUGCCUACUGCAAAACAAAGAAGCAGGGAAGGAAACUCCGUGACCGUCUGAGGCAGAGCGUGAGGAAGAAGAGGAACAGCAACACCAAGUCUGGCGCUGGCUCCAAGCCUGCAAGCUCUGCCGCAGGACGUCAGAUUUCCAACCUGCCCCUCCAGGAUCUGCAGCUUAUCAAUCAGUGUAACGGGACGGCCACGCAGCAUGCAGCCGAGAGGGAAACCGAGACAACCUUCUCCACAAGCAAAUAUGCCUUAUCUGCAAAUGAAGCCACCACAUUCACCCACGUCUCCACCCAGAGGUUUGCGUCUCCUGUGACAACGAUGACCCGGCUCUCCGGGGAGUCCCGGACCUCUCUCACCACUCCCGGCUCGCCGCCGUCGGAGAUGUCGGCCCCCCUGUCCAGCCUGGCCGUCUCCGUGCCCUCCGUGGCCCUGAGCCCCUCCGGGGAGGAGGAGCGCCCCCUGCUGCUGUCCAGCGCUCGCCGGACACACGGGCCUUCGGGCCGAGACGACCAGAAGAGGAGCUCCGCCCACUACAACCAUGGCCACGAGGCGCACAGCCUUCCCCCGAGCCCGCGGCUCGCCUCGCAGACCCUAGACUGCCCGGGCGUCGGCGACGCCGGCCGCACCUUCUCGGCCUCGCCCCAGGAGCCGCUCGGCGGAACAAACGGUGUGAGCGACGGCGGCGGCCGAGCGAUGGCCGACCACGUGCUGCACUACAUGGAGUCCGGAGCUCAGGCGGAGGAGGCUCCGGGGGAUCGCACGCCCUUCCUCACCAUGGAGAGCACCGCCGCCCUCCUGCUCAGGGCCAGGGACAGCAGCAGGACUAACCCGGCGGCGCCCGGCGCCGACCUGCAGGGCAAGCCGGCCAAGGCCACCAUCAAACAAGAUCCAGAUGCUGUGUGAAAAGAAAGGAAAUAGAUGAAAAAAAGAGAGAAAAAAUCCUUUAUGUUGAGGGGAAAAAAAGAAAUAAUCACUAUUAAACCUUUAUUUUCUAUAAAUGAUUUGCUGCAUAAAGACUUUCAAGGACAAAUGAAAAAAAGAAACUUUUAUUUUAGUGACGUAGUGAAUAAAGAGUUUUCUAAAAAAACGAAAAACAAAACAAACAGAAUACAAAAAAGAAAGAAAACAUGUAGAAAAGUGGUCAUGUCCUGUGGGUGAAGUGCCAUACACUCGUAUGUUGCUGCAGUUCACGAUAUAUUUCAAUGCAGAAAAAUAUCAACGGUGCCUUUCUGUUCAGUGUGUUUCGGGGAAGUGUGACGCUGCAAACUGGACCGUGUUUCCCCGUUCUAACCUUCCAGUUAACACUCGCAGCGAACUCGCUGGCUGCUUUUCCAGACGUCCUGCGGGCCGAAGCAUGUUCCGCUCAGAGAGACCGAGACUCCUCCCACACACACACUGCUGACCCUCACCGCCCAGAGCCUCUGCAGCCAGACACCGCCUUCGCUUGACGCGAGGUGAAGGUUUUCCACACCGCCAGAUGAUCCGUCCCACCGAGUAGAUCCCAUCCCUCUGAGAUCAGUCAGCGCCGCUCCGUCACCUCUGUGCUUGACAUUCUCCUGUAUUUAUUUAUUUUUUUCUCACACUGGGUUGUUACCUCCAUGUUUGAAGCUCUCCGGCGUUGAGGGUGUGCGGCGCUGCUGUGGUUCAGUUCCGCACUGAGCAGCAGACUCUUCAUGUUUCCCCUCAGUUCAUAUCUGUGCCGGGUACGAAGGGACUCGGCCAGCCUGUUUCCCCCCAAAGACAUGACUACUAGUGCGAAGACCAGCAAUUAACUCUAUGAUUGUAUAUUUACCUCCAAAAAAAUGUACUUGGAUGAAAGUCUAAUAUACACAGAAAUGAAUGCCUUCCAGAGAAAACCAAAUGUGAAAAAGGUGUGGAGGCAGUUCAGACUUUUAGUUUCGUGUAUUUUAGGAGUGUUGUGCAGACAGUAGACACUCACUGCUCGGCCACAGAGCUUCAGAACAGCAGGAAGCACCUAUCCAAAUUAAAAUAAUCACCACAAUAAGAGCAUUGCAUUUUAUCGCAUACUGAUUCCAACAGGCGAGAACAACAAAAGUUGGAUUUUUUCUAAACAGUAAAGUCCUGCAUUCAGUCAGAAAAGGCUUCCUGGCUCUGAGCUGCUUCUGAAAACUCUCAGAGGAAAGAACAAAGACAGGCAGGAAAUUGCAUUAACAGUUUUUCUAAUAAUUUUUCCAGUGAAGCAAUGCAUCAUGGGAAACACAUGUCAGGAAGAUGCACAGCAUAAACAGUUUAUUCAGAUCUCACCUUCAGUGUGUGAAAACUGCAGCAUCCGAGCAGAGCUUCACUCUUCAGGGCUUUUCUGCAGUGGAAAUGCUUCUUUCCUCCAGAUGAAGGUGGGCUCAUCUCAGAGUUGUUCUCAGACAGCCUUAAGACUUCACCUUCACCCUCACCUUCACCCUCACCUUCACCCUCACCCUCACCCUCACCUUCACCUUCACCCUCACCUUCACCCUCACCCUCACCGUCCCCCCAUGCAGAACUGGCAGGAAUGCACUGGUUACACGCCACAGCGACUGCCUGAGGGCUGCAGCUCUUCGAUCGCACCUCAGGCACAUGGGAGCCACUGUUGUUUUGUUCUGGAAAUGCAGCUUGUCGCCUCCUCCUGAGAAUGUAUGUGCUUGUUUUCAUGGGCCACAGCUUGUGUUGAAUUGUAUGUGUGCUUUGAAAUGACAGAACCUGCUGAUAUGAGCAAAGUUUAUGAACGCCUGCCAAAGACUGUCACUUGGAAACUCUUGAAAAAAAAAAUACUGAUUCAUGCAAAAUAAUUCAAAUAAGCAACUACUGGCUCUGCAAUAGAUCAUAGUUUCUUUAGAUGUGCGUAUUUAGACUCAGCGGUUGGCCGAGCUUAAGAAGAAUGACGACAGACUCAUUAGUGUUUUUAAUGGAGGCUAUACUUCUGUACUUUACAUUUAGAU